AUGUUUGGAUUUAGGAAAUCACCUGCAAAUAAUAAAGCUACCAAGAACCCUCCAGCCUCUUCUGCCUCUAAUCCAUUUGAUUCAGAUGAUGAAUCCAAUGCCAAGCAAACACUUCAUGGAAAACGAACUUCUUCCGAGCCCAUGCUUAAGGUCCCCAAUAAUGCUUUCGAUGAUAGAGACAGAUACAAGAAUGAUUUCCAUGACUCGGGGGGACUAGAGAACCAAAGUGUUCAAGAACUGGAGAAAUUUGCUGCCUACAAGGCUGAGGAGACAACAAACAGUGUUAAUAACUGUCUCAGGAUCGCUGAGGAUAUCAGACAAGAUGCUACAAGGACUCUUGAAAUGUUGAAUGCUCAGGGAGAACAAAUCACCAGGACCCACAAUAUGGCUGUUGAUAUGGAUAAGGAUCUCAGUAAGGGAGAGAAGCUCUUGAACAAUCUCGGGGGCAUGUUCUCUAAGCCUUGGAAGCCAAAGAAGACCCGGGACAUAACAGGACCUGUGACCACAGGAGAUAAGCCAUCCAAAGUAAACCAAUACCACAAAGGAGAAAGAGAAAAGCUGGGUUUAGCUCCUAAAGGACGUUCAGCUCCUACAACACCUCCUCCUGAACCAACAAAUGCCCUGCAGAAAGUUGAGGUAGAGAGGGCAAAGCAAGAUGAUGCGCUUUCAGAUUUAAGCAACAUCUUGGGUGAUUUAAAAGGCAUGGCAAUUGAUAUGGGAAGUGAGCUUGAAAGGCAAAAUAAAGCCCUUGAUCACCUCGGUGAUGAUGUAGAUGAGCUGAACUAUCGAGUGAAAGGAGCUAAUCAACGUACACGCCAUUUGAUUGGGAAGUGA